CAAUGUUUGAACAGUUCUAAAACAUUGGUUUAUAAGAAUAGCCUUAGAAGAUGAUGCUGCCAGUUAAAUAAUUUAUUUCAGUGUGAUUAAGUGUAUUGCUAUUAGGUGAAGAGUCAUGUAUUUAUAUUUGUUAUAGGAUUUAUAUCACUAUUUCUGAUUUCUGGAUAUUACAGGGCAUGAAUGUUUUGGUUACACACAUUGAUUCUGUACCGUCUGAGUCAAAGUGACAGAUGUGCCCAUCGUCCAGAUAGUGUGCCCCGCACCCAGAAGGACCAGUACCUGCUCUCGCCCGUGAACUGCUGGUACCUGGUUCUGCACCAGACGCGGCGGGAAAGCAGAGACCAUGCCACCCUCAACGACAUCUUCACGAACAAUGUCAUCGUGCGCCUCUCCCAGAUCAGCGAGGACGUCAUCAGGCUCUUCAAAAAGAGCAAGGAGAUCGGCCUGCAGAUGCACGAGGAGCUCCUGAACGUGACCAACGAGCUGUACACCGUGAUGAAGACCUACCACAUGUACCACGCGGAGAGCCUGAGCGCGGAGAGCAAGCUGAAGGAGGCGGAGCGGCAGGAGGAGAAGCAGUUCAGCAAGGCGGGCGAGCUGGGCGCGAACCUGCUGCGGCUUGAGGAGCGGCCGCAGCGCCGCAGCUCCGUGAAGAAGAUCGAGAAGAUGAAGGAGAAGAGGCAGGCCAAGUACUCCGAGAACAAGCUGAAAUGCACGAAGGCCCGCAACGACUACCUGCUGAACCUGGCUGCCACCAACGCGGCCAUCAGCAAGUACUACAUCCACGACGCCUCGGACCUCAUCGACUGCUGCGACUUGGGCUUCCACGCCAGCCUGGCGCGCACCUUCCGCACCUACCUGUCGGCCGAGUACAACCUGGAGACGUCUCGCCACGAGGGGCUGGACGUCAUCGAGAACGCGGUGGACGGCCUGGACUCCCGCAGCGACAAGCACACCGUCAUGGACAUGUGCAACCAGGUGUUCUGCCCCCCGCUCAAGUUCGAGUUCCAGCCCCACAUGGGGGACGAGGUGUGCCAGGUGAGCGCCCAGCAGCCGGUGCAGACGGAGCUGCUCGUGCGGCACCAGCAGCUGCAGUCCCGACUGGCCACGCUCAAGAUCGAGAACGAGGAGGUCAGGAAGACCCUGGACGCCACCAUGCAGACCCUGCAGGACAUGCUGACGGUGGAGGACUUCGAUGUGUCCGACGCCUUCCAGCACAGCCGGUCCACGGAGUCCGUGAAGUCAGCCGCGUCCGAGACCUACAUGAGCAAGGUCAAGGUCGCCAAGAGGAGAGCCAACCAGCAGGAGACGGAAGUGUUUUACUUUACGAAAUUUAAAGAGUACGUGAACGGCAGCAACCUCAUCACCAAGCUUCAGGCCAAGCACGACCUGCUCAAGCAGACCCUGGGCGAAGGGGAGAGAGCGGAAUUCGGCACCACCAGGCCCCCCUGCCUUCCCCCUAAGCCACAGAAAAUGAGGAGACCUAGGCCCCUCUCAGUGUGUGGCCAUAGGCUCUUUAACGGCAGUAUGGAGGCCUUCAUCCAGGAUUCGGGACAAGCCAUCCCGCUUGUGGUCGAGAGCUGCAUCCGCUACAUCAAUCUAUACGGACUGCAGCAGCAGGGAGUCUUCCGAGUGCCGGGCUCUCAGGUGGAGGUCAGCGACAUCAGAAACUCCUUUGAGAGAGGCGAAGACCCCCUUGUGGACGAUCAAAACGAACGCGACAUCAACUCAGUCGCUGGCGUUUUAAAACUGUAUUUCCGAGGACUGGAAAACCCACUCUUUCCUAAGGAAAGGUUUCAAGACUUGAUAUCUGCCAUUAAACUGGAGAACCUGGCUGAGAGGGUGCACCAGAUCCAGCAAAUCCUUGUCACCCUUCCCCGUGUGGUCAUCGUGGUCAUGAGAUACCUCUUCGCCUUCCUCAACCACCUCUCUCAGUACAGUGACGAGAACAUGAUGGACCCCUACAACCUGGCCAUCUGCUUCGGGCCCACCCUCAUGCACAUCCCGGACGGGCAGGACCCGGUGUCCUGCCAGGCACACGUCAACGAGGUCAUCAAAACCAUCAUCAUCCACCACGAAGCCAUCUUCCCCAGCCCCCGGGAGCUAGAGGGACCUGUGUAUGAGAAGUGCAUGGCUGGAGGGGAAGAAUACUGCGACAGCCCCCACAGCGAGCCUGGGACCAUCGAUGAGGUUGACCACGACAACGGCACUGAGCCUCACACCAGCGACGAAGAAGUGGAGCAGAUCGAGGCCAUCGCCAAGUUCGACUACGUGGGACGGUCCCCCCGUGAGCUGUCCUUCAAGAAGGGGGCCUCGCUGCUCCUGUGUCACCGUGCCUCCGAGGACUGGUGGGAGGGCCGGCACAACGGCGUGGACGGGCUCAUCCCUCACCAGUACAUCGUGGUCCAGGACAUGGAUGACGCCUUCUCCGACAGCCUCAGCCAGAAGGCCGACAGCGAGGCCAGCAGCGGGCCGCUGCUGGACGACAAGGCGUCCUCCAAGAACGACCUCCAGUCCCCGACGGAGCAGCACCUCGUGGACUGCGGCUUUGGGGGGGUGAUGGGCCGAGUGCGGCUGCGGUCGGACGGAGCGGCCAUCCCCCGGCGCCGGAGCGGGGGCGACACGCACAGCCCGCCCCGGGGGGGCCUGGGCCCCGGCAUGGACGCGCCGCCGCGGGCCGCCGCCUGCCCCAGCAGCCCCCACAAGGCGCCCCUCGCCCGGGGCAGGAUCGAGAGCCCCGAGAAGCGGAGGAUGGCGACGUUCGGGAGCGCCGGCAGCAUCAACUACCCCGACAGGAAGGCGCUCUCCGAGGGCCACCCGCUGAGGCCCGGAGGCUCCACCAGGCACAGCAGCCUGGGGGACCACAAGUCCCUGGAGGCCGAGGCCCUGGCAGAAGACAUCGAGAAGACCAUGAGCACGGCGCUGCACGAGCUGCGCGAGCUGGAGCGGCAGAACGCGGCCAAGCAGGCGCCCGACGUGGUGCUGGACACGCUGGAGCCGCUCAAGCACCCGCCGGGGCCCGCCAGCUCGGAGCCCGCCAGCCCGCUGCACACCAUCGCCAUCCGCGACCCCGACGCGGCCAUGCGCCGCAGCAGCAGCUCGUCGGCCGAGAUGAUGACCACCUUCAAGCCCGCGCUGUCGGCGCGCCUGGCCGGGGCGCAGCUGCGCCCGCCGCCCUGCGUGCGCCCCGCGCGCCCCGCCGCGCAGCACCGCUCCAGCAGCAGCAGCAGCUCGGGCGUGGGCAGCCCGGCCGUGACGCCCACCGAGAAGGGCUUCCCCGGCGGCGGCGGCGGCCCCGCGGACAAGUCGGGCACCAUGUGACCCGCCCCGGGCGGCUCCCCCGGAGACCCCGGCCUCGUGGGGCGAGAGGACCUGAGCCCCCAGGGGAGAGCCGGGGUCCCUGCGGAGCUGGGGGGCCCCGGGUGCAGGCUGCAGCCACGUCCAGCCGCGGGGACCCGCAGACCCCCGGCGCGCAGACACCCCGAGAGCGAGGCGCACAGCCGGAGCAGCCCCGCCCGCGGAGCCCCUCCCAUCCGGCAGAGCCCUCCUCGCGAGCCGAGCCCCUCCCUCGACGCCGUCUCUGCAGACCUACUACGUGCGCGCGCGUCUGUAGGCGUGUGUGCGUGUGUAUAUAUAUUUAUGCAUCUCUCCACACACAUGCUAGGUCCGGACACACACAUGCAGAAAUGUAAAUAGGAUCUCCUCUUUCUUUCUAUGAAACGUAGAUUUACCUCACACCCACGCCACCAAGACGCCCUCGCCACCAAGACGCCCUCGCGAGCAGCUGGCGGGCGCAGGGACUCUUUCUGGGAGCACCCAGAGGCCGUGGCGGUGCGCACGAAGCAAUAUACCACUCGAGAAUAUACGACCCGAGAAACGCAGAGAACAGCCUCCGCCGUCUCCCCCAGAAGCAGUGGCCUUCCAGAACAGUCUCCCCCUGCGGGAAGGGUGGGGCAGGCGGCGCCUCCCCCUCCCCGAGCCGGCCCAGACGCCCUGCCCUUCCACCCGAGGCCAAAGGCCAGCCAGACCCCGAGGGCACGGGAGGAGGGUGGCCGGAGAAGACCCGCACCACCGCGUCCGCGCCCACGAGCAGAAACCGGGCGGCGACCCUGCGCCCCGUGGCAGCACGGUGUGACAUGUGGCUGGGAAAAAAAAAAAGAAAUGCAGUGGUGUGGAAUGCUUCGAGACCUAGAAAUGCUGUAGGAAUAAAUCCGUGGUAACUAUAGAGGUUUAACUUA